CAUAGCUUAGAGAGCUAGAUGGCUUAGAAAAAAAUGGUUUUGUAAAAACUUUAUAAAUGCAAUGUCAUUUAAAUCUUCUUCGAAAGGUUCUGUACGCUUCUCGCCCCAGCAGCCGACUGUCAUAUCUUUUGUACCGAAAAGACGAAGUAACAUUACAACAACAGGGAUGAUUAAAAAGUGGAAGGUGUCACCUGUUUCGUCACGGACGAAGACAAGUAGUGAUGACAGGCAACAGAAAGAGAUACAAGCGCAAGCUAAAAGUGGUUAUCUUCAAAAAGGAUCAAAUGGAGUUCGUGUAAGGGCACAAAGUGAUAAUCAUCAACCAACGAUACAUACUACAUCAAUUAUAAAAUCAAAAGAUGACAGCACACCAGAGUCGAACAAAGCAAGUGCACGGCCCCGCAAGCCACGGCGUCACACAACAGGUGGAAGUAAACAAACAGCCGAAGAUAUACGACGGGCAAAGGAACUGGCAGCAGCUAUGAACGGAGACACCAUCGUCAACGAAAUUGAUCAAGAAAUUGAUCCAAACAGUACAUUAGGAAGAAAACAGUUAAUUGCAAUGCUGAAACAGAGAUACGGUCCUGAAAUUGAACAAUUCAGGACUACGGAGCAAAUCAGUGAAAAAGAACGAGCUAGAAGAGAACGUCAACGAGAAAGAGAUAUGAGACACGAAAAACGUACAACACAAGACAAUCGUGAGUUAUAUCACCAUAAUGGCGUCCACCACUCGCCGGCGAUUACAAGCAAACGGGAUAUUCACUACAAAGCAGGUAUACAAUCACGUAGUGAAAGUGAUUGUUCUGAAGAUCUUAGUUAUCCAUCUUCUCCGAGUGUCUCCCGCGCUGUCAUAACAAAGUCGGCAACAACAACACGUCAGUCGCCACGACGGUCUAAUUCUGACGAUGAAGUUGGAAGAAAUGAUCCACGAUAUAUGUUAGAUCGUCAACAAGCAAUGAAACAAAGUCAAAAAGAUGUGGUGUUUUUGCAACUUCGAGAUGAAGUUAAACGAGUCAAUUUACCAGCCUCUGGUAAUUCACUGGAAACAAUUAAAGCGUUGUUUGUAAACUCGUUUCCUGGCAAGCUAGCUACGUCACAUUUUGAUGAAGGUUUUAAAUCAAUUUACAUAAAGGAUAUGGACACUGGUGUCUAUUAUCAACUAGAGAAUAUAAGCGAGGUUGUUAAUCGGUCGUUCCUUAAAAUACAAGAGCAUGACAUUAUCUCGGACUCUCGAUCAGAAGCCAGCGCAUACGCGUACAGAACACAGACUUUACCUACAAAAGGAAGAGAUAAAGAAUACGCUGAAUCACUGCAAGACUAUCAGUUAACUGCACCAAGAAUCCGAAGAGAUACUUCUGGUUCAUCUCUGAAAUCUGACAACGAGGUCACACGUCCGACUCAUAGAAUUGAUCCUGUCCCUGAUAUGGUCGUGGAAGGUAACCGAAUGGGAGUCGUGAACACGAAUGGUACCUACACACAAGUAAAGCAUAUUCCACCAAAGAAAAUUGAUUAUGUCCCGGCCCAAUCUAUGACUGUACAAGAUCAACUUGAAGACUUAAGCGAACUUCUACGUACAGCUUUGAGCGAAGAAGAUAAACACCACGCUGCAGUACUGCAAGAAUGUGUGGACAUUAAGAAUCCUGGCAAGAUUAACCAAAAUUUAAUUGAUAACUUGCAGCAUACAACAGAAAACAUUGCAAGGAAGUCUUCUCAUCCGAAAUAUUUUCAACCAACAGCCAUCAUUAUGGCGCAACAAGAAAGUGAUCGAAACACCCCAACUUCAGACAACACUCCCCCCGGUUCAGCUAAAACAACUAUUGCCAGAUCUGCAGUCAAGGUGACUGUAAAUGGACGAAAACAAGAACCCAAAUAUACUGAAAUAAGACCAGCAAUCAAUAACACUUUACAGACCAAUGGCCCACAGGUUACAGAAGGAUUCAUUUCUCCGGCAAAGCGCCAACACUACUUGGAAUACUCAAAUACAAUGCCAAAAGAAAAGAAUGCUGAUAUUAAAUCAGUAGGUAUUAAAACAAAGACAGCAAACCUGUCAGCAAGUACACCAGGAAAUAAUUAUGAAACAGUAGAACUUAAAAGUAAUCAGUCUGAUAUGCCAGAAGGUUACUCAGAACAAAUUGCACAUGAUUUGUUGAGCCAAUUAGUGGACUUAGAAGAGGAGGUUAAAGCACAAUCAACACGUACCUCAAGUCGAGGAUCUUCAUUACAAAGUAGUAGGCGAAACUCAAAUACAAGUACUGAGAGCAAGUCAAGUAUAACUGUCACAAAUUCAAUGAAGCAUAACAUGAAUGAACCAAUUGAAGAAGACAUGCAUCGCACACGUGUAGCAUCUAUGCCAGUUCACCACCAUCAACCCAUCCCCACAACUCAUCAGCAGCACAGAGGUACUUCCUUAAGCUCGGAUGACUCCUCACCUGUGUAUGCCACAGUCAACAAAGUUGUACGCGAAGUACCAACGCAUUCACACACCGUUACUACGUUCAAUGCCUCCAUGGAUAGCACAGAUGGAGAUGUAUUCGUAGACACCGCGCGGAGCAGUACCCCAUCUAGAAAAAAAACCGGCGACACAUGGAAACCGCCAUCAGUAACAACGCCUGAUUUCUUUGAAUUGGAGUCGACUGCUAGAAUUGUACAAAAUAAACUUAAAGUUUUAAAAAGUGAUUUGCAAAGUCUUCGUAAAUUCCAAGCAGAUAACGCAAGAAACUUUAAAGCAGACCUUCAAAAGAAGUUAUUGGAAUUUCGGAAGAAAGCAGCUAGAGUUGAUGAACACCUGCAACAGAAAUUGGACUUAAACAAUAACUUCAUUUUUGCAAAAGAACACCCAGUUCGUGAAAGAAGACAUCGCCUUACUACUGAUCAGCUAGAAUAUGGAAAUAAAAUGACUGAUACAGAAUCACGCCUACAAUCGCUAGAAGGAAGUAUGGAAAUGAUUCGAAUAGAUGUUGUCAACAAGAAAAGAGUAGAUGAUCCAGAACUACUCGAAAAUAUGCAUGAUGAACUGACUACCGUGACAAAAGGACUAGCUGAAAUUAAAAAUCGAUACCAUGGACUACAUGACAUGCUUAAAGUCGUUAUGGCUGCCGAAAGUGAUAUUAUUAAAAAAGAGGAAAUCUUUUUAAAAGAAGAACCAGACAAGCUGGAGAAAUUGAUCGUUCGAUGUAAAGCAUUGUCUGAAACGUUAUUCACACUACAAAAGUUGGCGUCCGUCCAAGGUGUUUCUCCAGUCAGUCCAACACAGCAAAAGUCGUUUAGUUUCAACACAGAGAAAAGUCACGGUCUCAAAGACAGCCAUAAUCAUAACAUCAACAACAACAAUCACAACAGUAAUCACGAUACGGUGCAUAAUAAGAGUUACCUUGGUUACGGAGGAGAAACCAUUCCAGUCAGAGAAUCAAGCCUGCGAUACCCGAACGUCAAACAUCAUCGUUAAGAAAUAUUUAUAAAGCAAAUCUGCUAUUGUUAGAAAUAACGUAAUGUUUUUAUUAGAAGCGACGGUGUUUUAGUUUAACCGGAUAAACAGUUUGAUGACUGAACACAAUACUUGAGGUUUAGUUUACUUGAGGCUUUCCAGCAGGUUUUCCAGUUCGAAAUUGUCUUUUUAGCCACAUACUAAGCUUUGGUUCUUCAGAUAUUCGAGGUAGUGCGCAAUUAGCAUUUGACGCCCAGUAUGUUUAACAAGAAUAUCUUGUAUUUUUUUUUACAGAAAUGUCUUCCGGAGCAGCAGCAAACGCCCUCCCCAGCUCGAAAAAAAAGGUCCGGAAGCCUUGGGCUGUUUGCUACGGCACUGAUAUUGACUUUUGUUAUUGGCAGCAGAAUUUUCAAAACUAAUUUCAUUAUUUUGCAUAUAUUUUUUUGAGAGAUGUUUCCGACCAGUUAAUGUGUAUGUAAGUAAGGAUAACAGUCAGCCUAUUUUUUGGUUGUAAAAAUAAAUUCUUCUUUUUUUUCCUUUUUUAUAAAUAUAAUUAAAUUUUAGAAAUAGAAGAACACUGUAAAUAAAUGACGAA